AUGAGUCUUGAGUACACAAAAGAAAGAGCCGAGGAACUUGUGCAAAAAGCAAACACAGUUAAGGCAACAGUCGAAAAGCUUGGAGGCGGGAAAGCCCGUUUGGUUUGCGUGUCGAAGUUGAAGCCAGCAAGUGACAUUCAGGCUUUGUAUGAUGCCGGAUACAGGCAUUUCGGUGAGAAUUACGUCCAGGAGUUGACGGAAAAGGCCAAAACAUUGCCCAAGGACAUCAACUGGCACUUCAUUGGUGGAUUGCAAACAAACAAAACCAAGGAUUUGGCCAAGCACAUCGACAAUUUGUAUGCUGUGGAGACCAUAGAUACGGAAAAAAAGGCCAGAAAGUUGAAUUCCACCCGAAUCAACGUGGACAAGCCGAAGAUCAACGUUUUCAUUCAAGUCAACACUUCGGAGGAGGAGCAGAAGUCUGGAAUUGCACCUGAAGAAACCGAAAACUUGGCAAAAUUCAUCAUUGACGAAUGUCCACGGUUGCAUCUUGAAGGAUUGAUGACCAUUGGCUCAUUGAGUGAGUCCAAGUCCAAAGGUCUGAAUCAUGACUUUGAGAAACUCCAGCAAUUGCGUGAGAAAGUGCAAUCGGACUUGAAUAUAAAGUUAGAGUUGAGUAUGGGAAUGAGUAGCGACUAUGAAGAGGCAAUAAAGCAAGGCUCUACUGAAGUUAGAGUUGGAUCCACCAUCUUUGGCGCACGUCCACCCCGCAAUGGUCAUUAA